AUGGAGGCAGCGACGAGCCAUCGGAUUCUUCCACAACUGAAUGUUCGGAGUUUGAACCAUAAUUCUACGUCGCUUUGCUCUCAGGCUAGAUUGCCAUCGACUUUCUGCAAUACAACCAAAGUUUCCUUGGCUUUAAAUUCUAAUUCAAAUGAUAAAAAGAUUGGUGUUGAUGGAGGAUUGUCUCUCAGUUGUCAAUCACAGAGGAAAGAAUUUAUUGGGAAAACAUUUUGCUCAGUCAGUACGGGUAUGUACCCAGGGAUCAGCAUUGAAUCUGAUUCACACAUCACAGAGGAAAAGAUUGGAGUUUUGCUUUUAAAUCUUGGAGGGCCUGAAACCCUUAAUGAUGUUCAGCCGUUCUUGUUCAAUUUAUUUGCUGAUCCUGAUAUUAUACGUCUGCCUAGGUUGUUCCGGUUCCUCCAACAACCUUUGGCACAGCUUAUUUCAGUACUCCGGGCUCCCAAAAGUAAGGAAGGCUAUGCUGCCAUUGGAGGUGGCUCACCUUUGCGUAAAAUUACAGAUGAGCAGGCAAAUGCAUUAAGAUUGGCACUGGAAACGAAGGAAGUUCCUGCGAAUGUCUAUGUUGCAAUGAGAUAUUGGCACCCAUUCACCGAGGAAGCUGUUUGCCAGAUUAAGAGAGAUAGGAUUACAAAGCUUGUAGUAUUGCCACUCUACCCUCAAUAUUCUAUUUCAACAACUGGGUCAAGCGUUCGCAUUCUUCAAGACAUGUUUAGGGAUGACUCAUAUUUGUCACGGUUACCUGUUGCUAUUAUACAGUCAUGGUAUCAACGAGAAGGUUACAUCAAGUCUAUGGCUGACUUGAUUGAAAGGGAGUUACAAAUUUUCCCAAAUCCAGAGGAGGCCAUGAUUUUCUUCAGUGCUCAUGGAGUACCGGUAAGUUAUGUUGAGGAUGCAGGUGAUCCAUACAAAGAUCAGAUGGAAGAAUGCAUAUUUUUAAUAAUGAAAGAGCUGAAAUCAAGAGGAACUAACAAUGAGCAUACUUUGGCUUACCAGAGCCGGGUGGGUCCUGUACAAUGGCUAAAACCAUAUACUGAUGAAGUUCUUGUUGAGCUUGGCCAGAAAGGUGUAAAGUCUCUACUGGCUGUUCCAGUGAGCUUUGUGAGUGAGCACAUAGAGACACUUGAGGAGAUUGAUAUGGAAUACAAACAUUUGGCUCUUGAAUCCGGAAUCGCUAAUUGGGGUCGUGUGCCUGCUCUGAACUGCUCUUCUUCAUUCAUCACUGAUCUCGCAGAUGCAGUGAUCGAAGCUCUGCCUUCAGCAAUGGCAAUGUCGACCUCAAAUACUACAUCUGAAGAAGUUGAAAACGAUAUAUUUGGAUACGUUGCCAAACUGUUCUUUGGUUCAAUCUUUGCAUUUGUUUUGCUCCUAUCACCUAAAAUGCUAUUGGCCUUCAGGAACCAUGUUUUGUAA